AUGACCUCGGACUCGACUUUGCUACAUCGCCCAACCGAGGCUCUCAUCCUUCCGACCAAACGACGCUUCUUCCCGUUUAAGAUCCCCAAUUUUCACACCCAGCUUCGUAACUACAUCAGUACCGCUGAUCCCGAUCGCAUCUAUGUCGUCGUCGAGAGGAUCGUAUACGCUAUAACCAUAUCGGCGCAAAGGCGAGCGAGUGUAGCUGUCAUUCCAUUUGAGCCGCGCUGUUUGGCCGCCGGACAUGGGUGGAUCGCUGUGGGUGGCCCUGAGAAUGGGGAAUGCGCAUUCAUUCGGAUCGGCGACCGGGGUAUGCAAGCACAUGGUGAUGCGCCUUCAUUCCAGACAGCGGCUGUGGACAGUGCGCUACCACUCGAUCUCGAUCCACCAUCAGGAGUGACAUCACCCGAUUCAAAUGGUCACUCUAUACCAGCACGUUAUCGCACCAGCAGACUACUACCCGAAGUCGAGCUUCACAAAUUCGGUGGGAGCAUUGUCAAUUCAGUGACGAUUCAUCGGUUAUAUGGUGGCGGGGAUGGCUUGGCCGAUGAAGAUAUUGCGGUCCUGAGUAACAACGACCGAACAGUCACAGUAUACUCACUAACCCGCGCGAAAGUUCUCAAGAUUCUUCAUCACUCGACAUGCAUGAACUAUGCGACGAUUUCCCCAGACGCCAAACUGCUCACCGCAGUCGGAGAUGAGAACAAUGCUUACUUCUAUGAAAUCGCCCGCGACCUGGAAUCAGCUGGAACGACUGAAUCUGGAGAGAAGCUCACGGGAUGGGAAUGGGAGCUCGUUGAUCAAGUGGCGAUGGACAUUGGCCCGCGGGUGGAGGAUGCGUGCUGCUUCACCGUCGCCUUCUCGCCAUCCAGUCGACUAUGCGCCAUAGGUUCUCAGUCUGGAAUGAUCACGAUCAUCAAUGUUGAGUCGGUAUAUCGGAGCUAUGGCGACAAAGACAACUCCCCGAUUCUUUGUCAAUUUCCGGCUUCAAGGUCGUGUGCCGAGGGUGGAGCUGUGCGAUGUAUGGCAUUUUCGCCUGAGCCAUGGGAUCUUCUGGUAUGGCUAGAGGGUCAUGGAAGAGCUGGGAUUGCCGAUGUUCGCCAAAACUUUCUGCGUAGACAGAUCAUUCAGCUCGAUGCCGGCGAUCCGAAAAUGGAGGAGGUGUUCACAGACUUUGUGACAGAAAGCUUUGAACGCCAACGCGUGGAUGCAGAUUUCUUAGAGGGUACAUCACGAGCAAGGCUUGACAGCAGUGAUUCUCCGACAGAGCCUAAUGAAGAGGACACAGAACGCUCUUCACUGCGAGAGUCUUUGAUUCAAGAUCUUAGCGAGAGAGAAAGGUUGAUCAUGGAAUUUCUGAAUACGGCACGCUGGACGUCGCGGCUGGAAGAAGGACUAACAGAGCGACCAGAUCGUCCAGCUAGGGCAAAUGUUCACCCUCAGCCAGUCACCAGACCGCGAAAUCAUGGUUCCACAGAUGGUGCCACUCGCAACCACCGUCCCACUCCACCCCUGCAUUACUACAAUUCUUCUGAUGUUUCUCGGGAUAGCCAUUCGGGCCGUGCUGUAUCCAAUCCAAGACGCCAGAGCUCGGUUGUGUUAUCACAAGGGAACCGCCCCUCAGAAGGCACAUCUUCUCACCAUGAUGACCCGUCAAACAUCACUCUCAGUUACUCAACUUCACCCCCCGAGCUCCCAUCUCUAACAUCAGAACUCUUCUCUCGGGCCGGUGCAGACCCCGAAACGUCCAGCGACGCCCGACACGCAACCGACCCAAACAACACAAGUCUUGGCGUCAAUGGCUCGAACCGUCGUUCACAGCGAGCAGCAGAGCUCGCUCGUCGCGUUGAACGACUGUCUUCGGGAGCAGAAAGAUCAUACGACCCCUCCCGCCUCACCACAUACGAAAUCCGCGCCAAUGCUGCCGCUGAGCGGCUCCGACGUCAGCGUCAGAUUGCCAAUGAGGUACACAGCCGCUCCUUUGAGAGGGAACAACGACAUCGCCAACAACUGCUUGGUUUCGAGCAGACACAUUCCCCCCGUUGGAUCAGGAAUAUAAUAAAUGACCUGCCUGAUCGAAGUUUAAUGCACGGUCCCGGUGCCGAGGAACCGGACUCCACUGCUGGUGUGGGCUGGGGCGCCGACGGACGUACAUUGUAUAUCGCUACACUGGAGGGAAUCUUCGAGUUCCAACUCAACAUCCAUGACCGAAAAACCUUUCCCAUUUUCUCGUGCCGUUAA